GUUAUUUUCUUCAUCUUACUACUGUCGACAAAGACUCACUCUCCUCUCUUUUGCUUACUUCUUUCAGUUUAGCAAUACUAUAAUUAUAUACCCCUAAAAUGGAUAAAUAUAACUACUACCCACGAGAUUCUUGUAGCCCUUCUUUCUCUUCCACAAUUCUUGACUCUAUUUACCACUCCAUUGACCAAACACAUGAUCAUCAAAAGCAUUAUAAGGCAAGUGAAAAAGUUGUUGUUAGACGAAAAUCUGCAGCUGAUUCUGAGAAGAAUUCAGGUUCCUCAAAUUGUGGUUCUUCAGCUUGUUUUAAUGGUCUUAAUAAUAGGCCUAAACCAAUUAGAACUAGCAUUUCAGCUGACCAAGAAAAUUUCCACAAACACCAAUAUUGUCCUAAACACCUCAACUUUUAUGAUUUUUCUCUAGCAAAGGAAAAAACUAAACAUCAAGAAGAUGGAUUUGUGAAGACAAAGUCAAGAGCUUUGAAAAUUUACAGAAAUUUAAAGAAAGUUAAGCAGCCAAUUUCUCCAGGAGGUAGGCUAUCGAGUUUCUUGAACUCACUUUUUACAAAUUCAAAAAAAUCAAAAAUUUCGUCAAAUUCUAGAGGGUAUGAAAAUGAGGAAAGAAAAUUAAAGUCUACAAAUGUAUCAACUUGUUCUUCAGCUUCUUCAUUCUCUAGAUCAUGUUUAAUUGUAGAUGAUCAAGAUUGUCACAAGAAUAAUUUGUACAUGGACAAACAAAAAAAUUUGGAGAAAAAUCGUCGAGUGGAGGAGGCAUCGGCUAGAGAUUUGCGACGAAACUGUCAGUAUAGUUUAACAUGUGAUAACGGUCGGAGAUUUGAUAAUGAUAACGAGGAGGAAGAAUAUGAUGAUGAUGAUGUAAGUUGUGCUAGUUCUGAUCUAUUUGAGCUUGAUAAUCUUUCUUCCAUUGGAAUGGAAUUGCCUGUCUAUGAAACAACAAAACCGUGGUAUUAA